AUGAUAACAGACAGUCCUUCUCAAAAACGUUCUAAUAAGGAGAACUCUCCAAAAUACUUCUCAAUCACUCGGUAAAGCAAUAUCUCACAUAAAAUAAUCAAUGAAGUCUUGAAUAGUGGCUCAGACUAUCUCUAAGAUUAAAUGGAAUAGAUUGAUCUCACAAUAAUGCAAUAUUAAUGUAAUAUCAAAUAAAAGAUUACAACUCUCUUAAAUGAGUCAUCCACAUCUAUAGAUUAAUCAAAUUAUCAAAUAAAACUAUAGGAUUUGAGAAUAGAGGAAUAGAAGUAUCAUCUAUCAAUAAAUUAGCUUUCAGCAAAUGUAAAAUGAUUUAGAUAGACAAUAAACUAUUGUUUAUGAUUAUUAUGAAACAGAGUUUAAUAAACUGAAAACUCAAUAUGAAUUUAUUGAUUAGGAACGUCAAUUAUUUCUUAAAGAGCGCAAUAAUUUUUAGGAUACUUAUAAUUAGUAUUUAGAAACUAAAGCAUUAUUAUAAGAGGAUUUAAAUGGUAAAUUAUUAUAAAGAGCUGAACUUGUUGGUUAAAAGGAAGAACUUGAAGAAUUCGUUGAAUAAGUUAAAAAUGAGAACCCUUAACUUACAGAUUUGGUUGAAUAAAUUUAUAAUUGCAACUAAAAAGUUAGAGAUAUCAAUUAAAAUAUAUUUUCUAUAACUGACUCUAUCAAGAAUUUACAAUAAUAAUAAGAAAAUAAAAAAAGAUAAUUAGCAUCAUUUCAUUAAACAACAUUACUUGAAGUUUAAUCUCAUCAAUAAAGUUAAAAAGUAAAAGCUUUAAAAAAUAAAAUUGUACCAAUACAGAAAAGUUUGAAUUUAUAACAUCCUGAUUCAAUUCUUAAUGAAUUUAUAAAUUCUUUUGGAGGUUCCCAAUUUUAUUUAGAUUCAAUUGAAUUUUAAACUAAAUUAUAAACAUUUACUUAACAAUUUAGAAACAAUUUAUUUAAAUAAGGUAAUUAAGGUAAUAAUUGGGGAAGCAUGAAGGAGUUUGUAAUAUAAUUAGAAUCAUUUAUUUAAGCGUCUCUUUAAUAAAAGUUAAUUUAAAAUUAAUUAUUAGUAAUUAUUUAAAAAUAAUAUAAGGAAAUGAAAAAUGCAUUAAAAUAACAUGGAGACGAAUUAUUAUUAUCCAAUGAGGUAUGCUCAAUUGAUUAUUAAGUUGAAGUCAAGAAAUAAUAGAUAAGAGAAUUGGAAGAAGAUAAAUCUACAUUAGAUUAUAAAAGAGAAAGGUAAUAUAAUAUUAAAUUUAGGUUUUAUGAAUAAUUUCAAGAUAGAAUUCGAUAAUAAUCAGAAGAUGCUUUUCUUUAGUAUUAGAACUAAAAUGAAGAGAAUUUAAAUUAUAUUAAAUCAGAAUAUGGGGAUUCAGAAUAUAAAUCAAUCCUUGAUUAAACUUAAAAGGAAAUGUAGGAGUUGAUGCAGGAUUAAGAAGAAGUAAUAAAUCAAUAGAAUUUAGGAAUAAUUUAAUAAUACAAUGAAAUUAAUUUGUCAGUAUUACUUAUAAGAUUAAGCAAUAAAAAUCAAUAUACAGAUGGUAGAUUAAGAAAUACUACCUUAGUUGAAGAAUAUUGCAUAAUAAAUUUAGAAAGCAAAAAAAGAUUUAGAAAGAGUAGGUGGAAGUGAGAAACAGAUAUUUGAUAAAUAAAAUAAGGUAGAAUAGGAAAUUUAAGCAUUAGAAUAGGAGUUUAAGAUAAAGAUAGACCAAUUUAAUGGAUAGGAGAUGGAGAUUUAGAAAUAAUUGAAUAUAGUGAAAUAAGCAAUAGAAAAUACAUAAGAAUAAUUAUUAUCUAAAAGUAAGCCUAAUAAAGCACUACUUGAAUAAGAAAUAUUGUAAUUGAAUAAUCUAUUAACUCAAUUAUAAGAAUAAAAGAAAUAAUUGGAAGGUGUUUAGUUUUAAUUAACUAAAUCACCAUAAAGAGUUGAUGUUAGUAGAAAAAGUUCAAAUGGAGGUAUUUUGGCAAUAUCAAAAUCUUUAAACUAAUUUACAAAAAUGAGAAAAGAACCAAUAGUAACUAGUUUUAACAAUAGUGUAGUGAAAGGCAUUACACCAACAAAAGAUGCAUCUAAUCUUUAUUUGAUUAAUAAGUUUACAAAAUAAACAACUUGUAAGACCUCUUAAGAAUUGAGACUUAAAUCUAAUAUUUCAAUCAAAUAGAUUAAAUGA